CAUCUGUGCGCUCGAAGCUUCGGCGCUCUUGCGCACAGACUCCGUUGGAAACCUGAGCUCACCUUUGCGCGUCGCGUUCGCUUUUGUCCUCCUCGCCAUCCGCGAACCUUUGAUAUAUAUAUAUAUUUAUUUGGCUUUUGUUCAGAAGCAAUGGUGCUCGUGAGCAAGCCAUUCUCGUGUUAAAAAUCGAAUGAAGACCACUGGAAAAUGGACAUCCUGGUGUUUUCUCUUCUCUUGCUGUUUGUCAAAGAGGCGCACGGAUUCCGUUAUGGCAUCGGCACCAGUCUGCAGUCAUAUAUGCCAAACGUGUGCAUGGAGAGGGAGGUGACGUUGGUAGCCCAGAGGCAGCCGUGUGUGCAGGCCUUCACACGUAUGGUUAAAGUGUGGAAGCAAGGCUGUGUUGGACAGUCGUGGUGCACUGGCUACGAGAGAAGGACGGCGUAUUACACAGCGUACAGACAAGUGUACCGGCAGGAUUAUCAGACUGUGUACAAGUGCUGCCCAGGAUGGUCGCAACUCAACGGAGAAGCUGGCUGUCUUUAUCCUGUCUGCAGCUAUGGAGUUUGCUUCAAUGGCGGUCAGUGUCGAGCGGGAUCGAGCCAAUUAUGUGACUGUCCUGCUGGAUUCAAUGGUCCGAGCUGUCAGUACGAUGUGAACGAGUGUGAGGAGACCAACGGAGGAUGUGAAGCUCUGUGCUGCAACACCAUCGGAAGCUUCUACUGCCGCUGUACCGCUGGACUAAAUCUGAAGGAGGACGGGAAAACUUGUGAAGAUAUUGACGAAUGCCAGGUCCACAAUGGAGGCUGCCAACACAGAUGCAUCAACACCAGAGGCUCCUACUACUGUGAAUGCCACCCGGGCUCGCGCCUGCACGUGGACGGACGCACCUGCCUCGCCGUCCAUUCUUGUGCCAUCAGUAACGGCGGAUGUGAGCACUACUGCGUGCAGCAGUCAGCCGCUCAUUUCCGCUGCUGCUGCAAACCCAAUUACGUCCUGGUGGAGGAUGGCAAGCAUUGCAAACUGCAGGAUCCCUGUGGAGAGCAGAACGGCGGCUGUAUGCACCAAUGUCACGCCGACGGAGGAAGGGCUCACUGCGACUGCAGGCCUGGCUACAUCCUGGCGGAGGACGGACGAACCUGUGAAGAUAUCGACGAGUGUCUGGCAGAUGAGGCCCCCUGCGCUCACGGCUGCCACAACACUCUGGGCUCGUUCGCCUGCGUCUGUAACGCCGCCUAUGAGCUGGGAUCCGAUGGGAAGCAGUGUUACAGAAUCGAGAUGGAGAUCGUCAACAGCUGCGAGAGCAACAACGGCGGCUGCUCGCAUCACUGCGAGCAUUCGUCCAGUGGCCCGGUUUGCUCCUGUAAGCAGGGUUUCCGGCUGGAGGAGGAUUUUAAAACCUGCACUGACGUGGAUGAGUGCGGCGAGCGGAGCUCCUGCUGUGAGCAAGACUGCACCAACUACCCCGGCGGGUACGAGUGCUACUGCUCAGCUGGCUACAGACUGAACUCAGAUGGAUGCAGCUGUGACGAUGUUGAUGAGUGUCUGGCAGCAAAUGGCGGCUGCGACCACUCGUGUCAGAACAGCGCUGGCUCUUUCCAGUGUUUCUGCCGACGGGGUUUCCGCCUGGAAGAUGAUCGGCAGUCCUGCAUCCCUCUGGAAGAGGCCGUGGAAGCUCUCUCUGGGGGGAGUGCUUACGAGCUGCCCCUCAUUCAGCCUCAGCUCACGCUGCUGCAGGACUACAGUCAGCCUCUGGAGCGCUUCGACGACUACGAGGACGACGAGGGGGAGCUGAGGGCGGAGAGUAACCUGGCGGAAAAGUUCGUGUGCUUGGACGACACUUUUGGAAACGACUGCAGUCUGACGUGUGACGACUGCUCAAACGGCGGCAAGUGUAACCAGUGGAGCAAUGGCUGCGACUGCCCCGAUGGAUGGACCGACAUCCUCUGCAACCAGACAUGCCGUGAGGGGUAUUUUGGUAAAAACUGCUCUUUCCCCUGUAAGUGUAAGAAUGGGGCCACCUGUGAUCCGGUCACUGGGAGCUGUCGCUGCCCCCCCGGGGUCAGUGGGGAGCUGUGCCAAGAUGGUUGUCCAAAGGGCUUUUAUGGGAAACAGUGCAACAAGAAGUGCAACUGUGCCAACAACGGACGCUGCCACAGGACGUACGGGGCGUGUCUUUGUGACCCGGGACUCUAUGGCCGUUUCUGCCACCUACCGUGUCCAAAGUGGACCUACGGGCCGGGCUGCUCAGAGGAGUGUCGCUGUGUUCAGAGGAACACGCUGGAGUGUCACCGACGUCACGGCACCUGCACCUGCAAACCCGGUUACCACGGCAACACUUGUAAGGAGGAGUGUAACCCGGGUCGCUUCGGGCCGGGCUGUGAGAAGAAGUGUGCUUGUCCGGACGGCGUGUCAUGUGACCAUGUGACCGGGGAGUGUCAGCCAAAGUGCCCCGCUGGCCGCCACGGCAGUCGCUGUGAUCAAGACUGUCCAGACGGGACGUUCGGACUGAGCUGCGUCCACGCCUGCAACUGCACCGGUGCACCAUGUGACCCUGUCAGUGGGCGCUGCCAGUGUCCGGCUGGAACGUCUGGGAAGCACUGUGAGAGCUUGUGCCCGGAUGGCUUCUGGGGUCUCGGCUGCACGGAGGUCUGUCCACUCUGUGAAAACGCUGGCGUCUGUGACAAACACAACGGCUCCUGCCGCUGCCCCCCGGGGCUUCUGGGGACCCUGUGCCAGCACCCGUGCCCGAGUGGCCGCUUCGGCCAAGGGUGCCACAUGAAGUGUGUGUGUGAGAACAAUGCUCGCUGCGACGCAGUGACUGGACGCUGCACCUGCGCCCCGGGCUGGACUGGACACAACUGCAGGAAAGCGUGUGAUUCAGGACACUGGGGAGUCGACUGCGUGGAAGCCUGCGACUGCAGAAACGGCGCCGGCAGCUGUGACGCGGUGACGGGCCAGUGCAACUGUGAGGCGGGCUACACGGGCCAUCGCUGCCACCACAAGUGCCAGGAGGGGACCUUUGGUCUGGGCUGUCGUCACAGGUGUCAGUGUGACAACCAGGCCUUGUGUGACCACGUGAGUGGCGCCUGCACCUGCCAGGUGGGCUGGACCGGAACCUUCUGUGAAAAAGCGUGUCCCCAGGGCUUCUUCGGCCUGGACUGUCAGGAGAAGUGUCUCUGCCACAACGGCGCCACCUGCAACCCGGUCAGCGGCGCCUGCUCCUGCCCGGCAGGCUGGAUCGGCCCCUACUGCGACCUGACCUGCCCGCCGGGCUCCUACGGGGAGGCUUGUAACCAGACCUGUAGCUGCCAUCACGGCGGCCUCUGCCACCCAGCCAGCGGCCUGUGCGCGUGCACACCCGGCUGGACCGGAGCUGACUGCACAGAAGAAUGCCCCGCUGGGUUUCACGGUGCCGACUGCCGGCACCGCUGCCUGUGUCAGAAUGGAGCCACCUGCGACCGACAAAGUGGAGCCUGCUCCUGCGCCAGAGGGUGGACUGGAGUCGCCUGUGAGACUGAGUGUGAACCGGGGAAGUUCGGGAGCGACUGCCAGCAGCUGUGUGAGUGUGAGAACGGCGGCCAGUGCGACAAAGAGACGGGCCGCUGCAGCUGCGGCGCCGGCUGGACCGGAGCACGCUGCGAGAAAGCAUGUGACCCAGGCCUGUUCGGUGCCGGCUGUGAGGAGAGCUGCCAGUGUGUCCGGGGCGCCACCUGCCACCACGUGACCGGCGAGUGUCAGUGUCCUCCAGGCUGGAGGGGGAAGCUCUGUGACAAAGCCUGUCUGCCAGGUUCCUUUGGCCAAAGUUGCCAGCAGCAGUGCACCUGCUCUCCGGGAGUCUCCUGCCAUCACGUCAGCGGGCAGUGCGGCUGCCCUGCAGGGGCGACCGGGUCCGGCUGUGAGCAGACAUGUCUUCCAGGAACCUAUGGCCAGAACUGCAACCAAGUGUGUCAGUGUUCAGAGACCAACCAACUGUGCCACCCGGUGUCCGGGCUCUGUUAUUGCGCUCCAGGAUUUCAUGGCCCCAGAUGCUCCCAGAUCUGUGGCGCCGGUCAAUAUGGUCCCAACUGUGAGCGAGAGUGUGCCUGUGAGAACGGAGGUGGGUGUGUUGCCGCCAGCGGCGUCUGCCAGUGUCCGGCAGGAUUCAUCGGCGCUCGCUGCAACAUCACAUGUCCUCGGGGGCGCUAUGGAGCCGACUGUGCUCAGGUGGCCCGGUGUGGAGACGGAGGGAACCACCCUGUGACGGGACAGUGCGUGUGUCCACCUGGACGCCGAGGGGACCACUGUGGACAAAGCUGCCCUCCGGGGUGGUUCGGUCCAGACUGUGCGCAGCGCUGCAACUGCAGCAACGGAGGCAUGUGUGAGUCUGUGAACGGUACCUGCAGCUGCACUCUGGGCUGGACGGGUCAGCACUGCGACACAGAGUGUCCCGCCGGCAGGUUCGGUGCCGACUGUCAGCUGAGCUGCGAGUGUCGGAACAAUGGCACCUGCGACCGAGUGACGGGGGCCUGUCAGUGUGGGCCCGGAUAUUACGGCCACAUGUGUCAACAUGCGUGUCCCCCUGGUUUCCACGGGCCGCAGUGUCAGCUGCCGUGCGACUGCAUGAACGGCGCCUCCUGUCAUCCGGGGACGGGCCAGUGCGUGUGUCCCGCCGGGCUCACUGGGUCUCGCUGCCAGAGAGUGUGUGACCACGGCAGCUUCGGCCUCGGCUGUGAGAGGCUCUGCAACUGCCAGGACGACUCGCCAUGUGACCCGGUGACUGGGCGGUGCGUCUGCCCAGCAGGGAAGACCGGACCCCGCUGUGAGUUUGACUGCAGAGUGAAUCGCUUUGGACCCGACUGCUCCCUGAGCUGCGAGUGUGAGAACGGCGGGCAGUGUGACCGCAGGAACGGCCGAUGCAGCUGCCGGCCGGGUUGGACCGGACACUCCUGUGAAGAAGGUGGAUCUCCAGAACUCAGCAGCAGCAGGGGCGGCCCAGAUGACAACUCAUUAUAGCACCCGCCCCCUCCUCGCCGGAGAGAAGCUUUCUUUGAACCGCUGCUGGGAGGAUGCAGCCACAGCGUCUUCCACAGACUGAGGAGAUCAUGGAUGCCACAUUCGGAAACAACCUUCGAGACAAAGUGCCUUGAACUGUCUCCGCCUCACUUUCGGCCUCUGACCUCUCGUGGUGGUCCUGUAAAUAACUAGUGCACAGUUUUGUACCAAAAGUCAUGCAUUACUUGGAGGUAUAUUUUGAGUCAAACCUGGACCUGUGUGAACCUGCAUCCAUGGCUUGUGUAUAGAUGGCUUGAUAUUUAUAUUUUUUACUGUCGAACGUUUGAAACAGCGAUGGUGUGUGAAUCAUUAAAGCAACAGCGCUGACGU